GGCCCUAACAGCGUUUUAUGCGCGUACAGAGGAAAAUAAAGCAAUCUGCGUUUCACUUUCCCAUUUCUAACUUUAGAACCCUAAUUCCGAAGUCUCUCUCCCUAAAAAUCCAAAAUCAUGGAAGUUAAUAUUCUUCCUGGAGCAGGCGUAGGACAUGUGGUUUUGUUGGUCGGUGGAGGAGCCAGAGUAACGAUUCCACCUGGCAAUGGUUUUACCAUUAUUGUCAAUCCGGUGGCCGGUGGUGCUAUGGGAGCUGCCGGUGGUGCUAUGGGAGCUGCCGGUGGUGCUAUGGGAGCUGCCGUUGCAAACGAAAACAUAGCCGCUAUCACAGCGGAUAUCGUGCAACAUUCAGUUAACAACACCCUCUCUACAACUCAGAUACUCCAUAUGCUAAGGGUUGACAACACCUUCGAAGUGCACGAAGAUUUUGUACCCGAACCUACCGCUACAGGUCUUUUCCUUUACGCAAUGGGGAUUUCAAGAGGUUCAGACCACCACCACUACCUUAACCCCCCCUCGCUACUACAUACAGCAAGUUCAGUUUGGAGCUGCAGUCGUGGUGAUGAGGCACCGUCGCAGAGUGGCGGCUCAUCCGGAACAUGUUCCAUUUGAAACCGUGGUCUGCAGGCGCUACUUGAUAAACGGCGAUCCACGGUUUUUGCUUCAUUACCUCCAAGAGGAUGAGGAUAACGCAUUUGAAGAGGAGCCAGCACCGGCCAUCCCAAUUCAACCGGUGGUGCAACUCCUCCUAUAGCCAGGUUGGUUUCUGCUUGAAAAUUCUCUUUAAAAAAAAAUUGUAAUAAUGAAUUACCUUUGUGUGAUAUUUUCAAUAAUAUUUGUAACAAAAAGUAGCUGGAUAUUGUUCUUCACUUUUCAUGUUUGAGAUCCUUCUUGAUUAUUUUUUGUUUCUCUGA